CACCGCUGCUCCUCGGGGUCCAGGUUCAGUUCGAGGUCCUGGUCCCGGAGUUCAGGUACGGCUCGGUGUUUGCGAUGUUUCUCGGCCCGCACUACACUGUGGUCAUCAACAGUCAUCAACAUGCCAGAGAGGUUCUGCUGCAGAGGGGCCGGGACUUCGCUGGACGACCCUACAUGGUGACCACGAGCCUGCUGACGCGCGACGGUAAAGACCUUGCCUUCGCAGAUUACUCGCCGCUAUGGAAGACGCACCGUCGCCUCGUCCACAACUCCUUCACCCUGUUCGGAGAAGGAACCAACCGACUGCAGGACAUUGUUCUGUCCUGUGUGGACAGUCUGUGUGCCGAGCUCCUGUCCAAUAAGGGGCGUGGCUUUGAUCCAUCUCCUGCAGUGACCCGAGCCGUGACUAACGUUGUGUGCACGCUGGUGUUCAGUGCCACCUAUGGGCCAGGAGACGCCGAGCUACAGGAAGUGAUGCAAUACAACAAUGGCAUUGUGCAGACGAUUGCCAGAGGAGCUCUGGUGGACAUUUACCCGUGGAUGAAGGUGUUCCCGAGCGCCGCCCUCAGGAAGCUGAAGAAGUGCAUCCAGGUCAGAGACCGACUGCUGACUCAGAAACUGCAGGAGCACAAGGCAGCCCUGAGUGACACUGAUCCCCGUGACCUUUUGGACGCUCUGCUGCAGGGGCAGAGUCAGAGGUCAUCGGGGUCAGAGGGUCAGGGGAUUACAGACGACCAUGUUCUGAUGAUUGCAGCAGAAGCGUUUGGGGCCGGCGUGGAGACGACUUCCACCACGCUGCUGUGGAUCCUGGCCUACCUACUGCACCACCCUGAGGUCCAGCAGAGGGCUCAGAGGGAGCUGGACGAGCAGGUGGGUGGGGAUCGAGCUGUGUGCAUGUCAGACCGUGGACGCCUGCCAUACCUGGACUGUGUCAUCAAUGAGGGCUUGAGGAUCCGCCCGGUCAGCCCGGUGCUGAUCCCGCACACUGCCGUCACCAACAGCAGCAUCGGCGGCCACACCAUCAGCUGUGGUACUCGUGUUUUAGUGAACAUGUGGUCAAUCCACCAUGACGCCGGCCUGUGGGACAAACCUGACCUCUUUAAUCCAGAUCGUUUCCUCGGUGACCACGGCCAGCGGGUGAUGCCAUCCUGCUUCAUGCCAUUCGGGGCGGGGCCUCGGGUCUGUGUUGGCGAGUCACUGGCCAGGCUAGAACUCUUCCUCUUCCUGUCCUCUCUGCUCCAGCGAAUGAGCUUCCAUGUGCCAAGUGGCACUGCCCCGCCCAACCUGCAGGGGCAGCUGGGUGUGGUUCUGCAGCCUUUACCUUAUAAGGUCAUUGUUACUCCGAGGGCGGGGUGGCAACACAAAAUGAGCUGAUGCUAAUGUGUUUAAAUGUGUGUAAAA